UAUUAGGUCUGCGUUUACAAAGUUCAAUAAUGCAGAGUACUGCAGUAGGUGUGGCAUUCCGGAAGGUAGAAAGGAGUUAUGAGAGUACUCCAAAUGGGUGGCGCCUGGCAACUUAUGAGGAAGCCAAGAAAGGGCUGCAGACGAUCAAGAAUAAAAAUCUUUUAAAAAGAUGGGACAGAGUGCGUCUGCUGGACGGUUGGAUAACUGGUCCGGGCUAUAAUUUUGAAAUGGGAGAUGACUUCAAAGGGUGUCUGGGGUACAUGCUACUCAUUCAAACUCAAGCUUCUGGAAUGCUCUCUUAUUCUAACAUUAAAUUUGUAUGGAAACAUGCAUUUGGUCUGUGGAAAACGUUGUUAAUAAUUGCUUACCAAGCGAUUUCUAAAAUAGUAGAACAUGGUCAUCACUCAGAUAUAGGAUGCCAAAUAAAAGAUUUUUCACUAAAUUGAUAUAGCUCAACUUGGUAUAGCCCAAUCACAUAAGGUAGACCAAUUUCUUAGAUUUUAACGUUUGCCAGAAAUAACAUAUGUCAAUAGCAUGUACUUGUUCCAUCACUGUAUCAUUUGAACCAAAAAAUAAACUGUAUAUUAUUUCAAAAUUUAGAUCUUCAUUCCCCAAUUCUCUGGUCCUGCCCUUUUCUCCACCGUCCCAGAAAUUACUUCUUGGAAAAUUUAUAAUUUUAAGUAUUACCAUUCAGUCCAGGGGUGUUUAGAUUUUCGAGUUGUUAGUCUAUAUGGAGAGAUUGAGAGUCCCGUGCUACGCUUGCCUCUAUCUGGUUGACCUUGUUGCUUUUCAGAGGAGAUGAUGUUCAAGCUUGCUAUGGUCUCAAAGGGGUUUAUUCUAUUUCUAAUGGAUAUCAGUAAAAGAAAAGAAAAAGAAUGGAUAUGAGGAUUUUGGUGGUGGAAAAGGUUUGGAAUAAAUUUUGUUGGUUUAAACAUAAUUUAUUAGUUUUGCUGUUUUGUUAGAAUAAAUGUUUUAUUUAGGAUAAUAUUAUGAAGUGGAGAUUUUCAGGUCUUUUUAAAUGUGUUUUUAUUUGUAGGAUCAAUGAAGAAUGUGUGACUCAUCUUUUCUUCAAUGUCUUUUUUUGUCGGGGCUUCUAGAGGCAAUGGUGGGAUAUUUGGAAUUGAGCCUUUAUUUUUUUUACCUUUUUAUCUAUUUUUAAGUUAAUUUGUGGAAUCCUCGUGCUUUUGCCUCUUGCUUUUUGAUUGCCUAGAUAUUGGUCAUGUCUUUAUUCUUUGCUUUCGUUGUAGACGAAGUGUUAAAACUUCCAAGGAUAUCAAAGUGGCAUUGAGUAUGUUGAGUAGAACGUUUUAGACUCAUUAAAAGAAACUCAAGCAGCAUAGUGCUCUUUCGAUCAAGUCAUUAUACCCUCUAAUUUUUUUAUUUUUAAGAACUUAGGAAUGGGGUCAUUUUGUUGGUUUUGUUUCUUUUAACUCUCAAGUCAAAGAUUCUAUUAGUGUUAAUAAGGUUGAUAUAUGGUCUCCUCCUCCUUUAAGUGUUUUAAAAAUAAAUAUUAAUAGUUUUCCUAGAAGUAGUAUUGGUAUAGCUAGAAGUGGUGAAAUCGGGUGUGAUAGUAAUGUGUUGCUUCAUUUUUUUAAUGCUCUAUUGUGAAAUUUGAUACUAAUAAUUAGAUGGGGGACUGUGUUGUCCUUGCGGCUUUGGAGAAAGAUUUUAAAUUGGGUUGGACAUAGGUUAUCUAAGAAAUAGAUUUCAUUAUUCUAGUUUCUCUUUUGAAUGAAUGGAGCUUUGAUGACUCUUAGUAGUCGUUGGAAACU